AUGGCUGCACUCAGCUUUCUGCAAGGGCUGACGCGCGCCUUGCGGAUUGACAAGAUCGAGGACGUCAUUCUGUUCCAAGGGGGGUAUAUCCCGAGGCUAGGCUUGGCGUUCAUCUCAAACAUCAGCGACCACCUUGCCUGCGCCGUGCCCUCGGCCACCUUCCCCUUCCUCGACGAGUUCUUCAUCACCCUGCCCACCGCCUUGGCCUACAAGGUCGCCGUCUACGCCCAUGCCGUCAACUCCUGGCUCCAGAACCUCAGCAACUGUCUUGCCUGCCCCCGCAAAGAAUUCAAGUAUGCCCGCAACUGCCUUCCGGAAGCGUCCUCAAAACUCCCAGCCGCUGUCGAAGAGAACAAUUUGUCUUCCCCGCCACUACCAAAGGCCGAGGACAACGCGCCAGACCCUGCGGCCCCCCCAGCCCUUCCUCAGCUUCCAGAACCUUUCUCGGAGCUCCCAGCCGCUGUUGAGGCUGCCCCGUCUUCCCCACCAAUCCACAAGGCCAAGGACGACCCCUCAGAUCUCCAAACUGCCAUCGAGGAGGACGCCCCAUCACCCCCGCCGGUCCCAAAGGCCAAGGAGGACGCCCUGUCACCUCUGCCAGUCCCAAAGACCAAGGACGACGCCUUCACAGAAACUGUGCCAGAAGCUUCAUCGGAGCUCCCAACUGUUGUCAAGGAGGACACCCUGUCACCCCCGCCAGUCCCAAAGGCUGAGGACAACGCCCCAGACAUUGCGGCCGCCCCAGCCCUUCCUCAGCUUUCAGAAGCAGCCUCAGAGCUCCCAACCGCCGUCAAGGAGGAUGCCCCACUCCUAAAUGCCGAGGACAACACAUUGACAGAAACUGCAGCAGCCCUUCCUCAGCUCCCAGAAGCUUCAUCGGAGCUCCUAACCACUGUUGAGGAGGAUAAUUAG